ACCGAAGGUGUUGUGCGACAACUCCAGUCCGAGAAGAGGCCCUCUCAGAAAUUCUGCAUGCGCCUUGUGGCCCACAAGACUCGAUUUCGGUUAGUUCAGUGCAGUCAGAGUGCGGGUGGUUUGCGUUCUUGCUGCAAGCGACGAUGAUCAUGUGGACUGAUGGACGAAAUCUUAGAUGAUUUGCAUACUAUUAGUCGGCAUGUCUCAUCAAGAUCAGAACAACCUCAUAGCGUUGAUUUUCGACAUAAAUGGCCAAGUGGCAUUGUUCCGCGACCUACUGAUCCAUAUUGGACAACCAAGGGACUGUCCAGAAUUGAGAGAAAAAAUAAGGAAAUUACGAAGAACGUGUGUCGAAACUUGUAAACACACUAGCCAACUCAUUCUACCGCAUUUACGUAGUUCAGUGGCUGAGGGUUUUCCGGUGGAUAAUCCCCACUUAGUUCUACUAUUUUUUAUGUCACAGCUGUUUCUUCGAGAACUCACUAAGUGCCAUCGACUAGUUCAGAUAAUACCAAUGGACAUGACUGGUUAUUAUGAUAAUAGGGCAGGUCCAUCUAAUUUAGGGAAUGUAAUUAGUCAGAUACUUUUGUGUAAACAGAUAACCCCAGAUUUUCACCAAGAGGAACUAUGCAGCAUCGUCAAGGACUCGCAAGAAAUUUCGAAAUUACUGAAAGAGAUGCAGGAGUACAUGCCUAAGCAAGAAAACAAUCUAGAGAGAUCAACGGCACUAGGGGAAGAACUAACACAUUCGUGGACCAAUAAACGCAGGAGAAACUCCUUGUACAAGAACAUGGGCAUGUUAUGCUGCAUACGUCGACCUAAUUACUUAUAAGGACCUUGAAUAAGUGAAACAGACAUGAACCCUCUGUUCAUUCGAAAUGAGUCCUAGGAGUCCCAUAUGAAAUGAAAACCGUUGUUAACACACCAUUUAUGUACAACCUCCGUCACCCACAGCAUCCCUUUUAGAUUAAGAUGAUUCAUGUUAUCGUUUUCAUUGUAUGUUACUGCAACAAUUCUUCUCCCAUCAUGGCAAAAGAUCGUUUUCAACUUAUCCAAAUGCAGGAUCGAAAAUAAAUCCUGAUUUCCUCUUCCCCCGGAAGGGUUUCUUCAGAUAUAUAAAGGAAUUUUAGUUUCAACAUGAUUUUGCUUAUGGAAUCUGUUAAAUAUUCUGUGAAGUCUCUUGAUUGUAGAUCUAUGACAGUUAUUCAAUAAUUUCAAAAGAAACUUUUGAAAUCGAUAUGUUUUAUAAAGAAUGGCACUAAUAUCUCAUGCGCAGGUCCUCUUUUUACGAAAUCAGCCUAAUGGCCAUGAAGGCGCAUGCCUAAUAACAGUUUAAAUUUAUUUUUCAGUUCUGUUUGGUUUUCGGGAAUGUCGUCAUAAUCAUCAAAUGUUUCAUAUCAGUCUGCAUGGACCCUUUCAAUGAUCAAUGUUUUUCAUAUACCUAUUCGUAUGAUGAAGUUGAUAUUUACCUUUCAUUAUCAUCGGAAAUAAUUUGACCCCAUUGUAAAUAUGUAAUACGUUCUUUGAAGAUCCGGCUAUUUAAGGAGAAUAUGUGAUAAAGAAAUGAUGGGCAAUAUCAAGCACAAAGAGUCAGAGUUGAAAAGUUGAGUACCAGUUAUAUUACAAUAUGAAGUUUAUAUGAGCUCUUUGGUGCUACCGGAAUAUCAGGAAUAUCUCAGAGAUGGGCUAGGACAACCGACUCAUUUAAGAGCAUAAACAUGAAUUUAUUUUAUUCGUCAGAACUAAAUGAAUCGAAUAUUUCUUCUGGAUUCCACCUAUCGCUUAAUUAGUAUGAUUUAAUUCUCAUUCUAACCUUUCCAAUCUCCAAAUAGUUCCCCUUUUUCCAAAUAUAUAAUUCGAAAUAUUCAAUAGGCAGGAUUGAAGGAGUACAAAACUAGCAGUUGUGUUAAUUCUCUGUAGAUAAUAAGAUGAAUAAUGAACAUAAUACUAUUGAACCACAGUAUUUUUGAAUCCAUUGAAUAUUUAGCGUAAGAAUAAAUUUUUUGGAGUAGGAUGGUAUUACGUUCGUUUCCAAGAAGGUAAGAUACCUAUAAAAUGGCGCACUUUGAAUCAAUGAAAUGCAUUAAAUCGUUUAGAAUUUCUUAUGUACAUUCGAAUUGAUCUUAGAUUUUCGGAUUAGAAUUGAGUAGAAUUAUUUUUAAUUUCUCGUGAAAUUUGUAUCGAUUGAAACUCGUUAUGAAGAAAUAUAUUUUGGACCAUGAGAUGUUCGUCAAGAUGCUGACGUAGGAUGGAAAGCGGAUUCUGCAUAUGAAUCAUUUCGGGAAAAUUGGUCGACUCUAAUAUUGUAUACAUCUUCCAGAGGGAGCUGGGAAUAUACUUUUUUAUCAGAAUUUCUCCACAGUUUUGACGAACACCUCUGGUCCCUGACCAUAUUAUCCGUCCUUGUGUGCAGAUAUGUUCAAUCAAAAUCAAUGAUUUUUGUUUGUUUCAAAAACAGAUAGAUUAUUUCAUUAAUUCUGGUGAUAAGGGAACAAAAUGUUGACAACUGAAAGCCACCAAAUUAUUUAGUGGACUUACUAUAAUGUUCAUAUAUGAAAUUUGCUCAAAUCCAUGAACAUUUAUAUAUUUAAUAUAUACAUAGACAGAUAUACUUAUAACAGAGUCAGAGUAAUUACUUAAUGUCAAUAUAUUAUCAAUAUGAGAUACUGUCGAUAUUGAAUGUUGAAUAGUUUAGAAUAUUUGAGAUGAAGAAUUCAACGUGUCUAUUAUAUUUCUAGACCCAGUGAUCAAGGAAAAUCCUUAUAGCCUAUAGUUAGAGUUUUCGUUUAGUUUUUGUAAAAAUAUUCGAAUCAAGAGGUGAAGUUAAUGAG